CGGCAGGCGAGCGGCUCGGUCGCCUCCUACGGUCCCAUGGCACUCCCCGGCUCCCCGGCUGAGUGCGGCUACAUCCGUACGGUCUUGGGCCAGCAGAUCUUGGGGCAGCUGGACAGCUCCAGCCUGGCUCUGCCCUCCGAGGCCAAGCUGAAGCUGGCGGGGAGCAGCGGCCGCAGCGGCCAGGCGGCCAAGAGCCUGCGGAUCCAGGAGCAGGUGCAGCAGACCCUGGCCCGGAAGGGCCGCAGUUUCGUGGCCAACGGAAGUCUUCACCGAACUAGCAGUGUUCCUGAAUAUGUCUACAACCUACACUUAGUUGAAAAUGAUUUUGCUGGUGGGCGUUCCCCUGUCACUAAAACAUAUGACCUGUUAAAGCCAGGCAUACCCACCGCUUAUGAAGGCCGCUGGGGGAGAGGAACUGCACAGUACAGCUCACAGAAGUCAGUGGAGGAAAGAUGCUUGAGGCAGCCUCUGAGGAGACUUGAGAUUUCUCCUGACAGCAGCCCUGAGAGGGUGCAUUACUCGCACAGCGAUCACCAGUACAGCCAGAGAAGCCAGGCUGGGCACUCGCUGCGGCACCAGGAGAGCAGGAGGUCUACCCUUCUUAUGCCCCCGAGAUACGCUCGCUCGGAAAUUGUGGGUUUCACCUCAGGGCCCGUGAGCAGACAGCGCCACUAUGACACUUAUCACAGACGGUUCCAGUACGGGUCUGUAAACGACACCGUUUUUGACAGUGCCCCUGUCAACCCAGUGGUGUUCACGUACCCUAGGCCGGGGACCAGUCACAGCAUGGGCAACCUCUUGGAGAAGGAGAACUACCUGACUUCAGGGCCUGUCGCUGGGCAAGUCAGGCCACUUGUACCCCUACAGCCCGUCACUCAGAACAGGGCCUCUCGGUCCUCCUGGCAUCAGAGCUCCUUCCACAGCACGCGCACAGCCAGGGAAGCCGGGCCCAGUGUCACUGUGGAUUCAGGCGGCAGAAGGACUCACAUGACCGUUGGCCAAGUGGCAGCAGGAGUAAGUGGGAACAUGCUCACGGAGAGAAGCACUUUCACCGACUCCCAGCUUGGGAAUGCAGACGUGGAGAUGACUCUGGAGCGGGCAGUGAGUAUGCUUGAUGCAGACCACACGCCGCCAGCCAGGAUUUCUGCUGCAGCUACUUUCAUACAGCAUGAGUGCUUCCAGAAAUCUGAAGCACGGAAAAGGGUUAAUCAGCUUCACGGCAUCCCCAAGCUUCUGCAGCUCCUAAAAGUUCAGAAUGAAGAUGUUCAGCGAGCCGUCUGUGGGGCCUUGAGAAACUUGGUAUUUGAAGACAAUGACAACAAGUUGGAGGUAGCCGAACUCAAUGGGGUACCUCGGCUGCUCCAGGUGCUGAAACAGACCAGAGACUUGGAGACUAAAAAGCAAAUAACAGGUUUGCUGUGGAAUUUGUCCUCUAGUGACAAACUCAAGAAUCUCGUGAUAACAGAAGCCUUACUUAUCCUGACUGAGACUAUCAUCAUCCCCUUUUCGGGGUGGCCAGAAGGAGACUACCCCAAAGCAAAUGGUUUGCUUGAUUUUGAUAUAUUCUACAACGUCACAGGAUGCCUAAGAAACAUGAGUUCAGCUGGCCCUGAUGGGAGGAAAGUGAUGAGAAGGUGUGAUGGACUGAUUGACUCACUGGUCCACUAUGUCAGAGGGACCAUUGCAGAUUACCAGCCAGAUGACAAGGCCACAGAGAACUGUGUGUGCAUUCUUCAUAACCUCUCCUACCAGCUGGAGGCAGAGCUCCCAGAGAAAUAUUCCCAGAGUAUCUAUAGUCAAAACCGGAACAUCCAGACUGACAACAACAAAAGUAUUGGGUGUUUUGGCAGUCGAAGCAGGAAAGUAAAAGAGCAAUACCAGGACAUGCCUAUGCCAGAGGAAAAGAGCAACCCCAAGGGUGUGGAGUGGCUAUGGCACUCCAUUGUGAUACGAAUGUAUUUGUCCUUGAUCGCUAAGAGUGUCCGCAACUACACCCAGGAGGCAUCUUUAGGAGCCCUCCAGAAUCUCACAGCAGGAAGUGGACCAAUGCCGAUGUCAGUAGCUCAGGCAGUUGUCCAGAAGGAAAAUGGCCUUCAACACACCCGGAAGAUGCUACAUGUUGGUGAUCCAAGUGUGAAAAAGACUGCAGUCUCUCUGCUGAGGAAUUUGUCUCGCAAUCUUUAUCUGCACAAUGACAUUGCCAGAGAAACUCUACCUGAUUUGGUUUCCAUAAUUCCCGACACAGUCCCAAGUACUGACCUUCUCAUAGAAACUACAGCCUCUGCCUGUUACACGUUGAACAAUUUAAUCCAGAAUAGUUACCAGAAUGCCCGGGAUCUUCUAAACACCGGAGGCCUGCAGAAAAUUAUGACCAUCAGCGCAGGCGAUGCCUACGCAUCUAACAAAGCAAGUAAAGCUGCUUCUGUUCUCCUGUAUUCUCUGUGGAUGCACACGGAGCUCCACAAUGCCUACAAGAAGGCUCAGUUUAAGAAGACAGAUUUUGUCAACAGCCGGACUGCCAAAGCCUACCAUUCCCUUAAAGACUGAGGAAAGUGAAAAGGUGCUCUCAGAAAUACCAACUUCGCCAUUCUCAGCCACCAAAAAAAAGCCCCAAAGGAAAACACCUAUUUUUCUACUUCCUCGUCCAAGAAACCUGAAAAAAGCAUGCCCUAUUUUUAUCCUUUUCUAUUUCCAGACUCCAGAAGACAAAUAAUCAGAAUACAAUUUUAUUAAUCUUCCAGAAGAUUUUUACAAGUUUGCCACCUGGCAACAGGCUCAGUUUUACUCUCUGCAAAUAGUAGUGAUCAGGGCUUACAGUGCACAGCUUCCUGGAACCAAAAUGUUAAUAUGUGGAAUGGACAUUAACAGAAUAAAUGAGGAAAGAAGCUGUUAUGAUAUUGCUAGGAUUUUAAAAGUAUAAUUUACACUUAUAUUUUCUGGUUUCCAUGUUUUGUCACUCAUAUGCACAUUGCUUCUCCAUCGAGCCAUGAGUAUAUUCUUCUGCAGUGUUAAAACAGAAUGGAAAUGAGAAAUAUUUGCUGAGCUGUUCAGGAGAAAAUUUAAUGGCAAAACUAUAUGUUUGUUUUUUUACUUUGUGCUUGUUUUUAUCCUCUUGAAUUUCUCUGAUUUUAAAUGAACUUAAGAAAUUUAGAUCACAGAGCAUGCAUGACUAUAAGAAAAAAAAAUUGAAAGAUAGUGAUUAAAGCAGAUUUAAAAUCUUUUCCACAGAGAAAGACAACAAAGGUUAUGAAAUUUAGUGUUUCCUAUAAACACUGAGUAAAUGAGAUUUUCGCACAAAGAAAUACUUUACCUGUAACAACAGCAUUAAAUGUAAAUCUCUUCUGAACAGUAGCAUUCAAUGUAAUCUAUUUCCUGGACUUUUGCAGCCAUUGCAAAGGGCUGGUGGAAGGAUGAACUCUACAUUUAGCGACAGAAGGAACCAAGACCUUUCAAACUGUUGGGCCAGUCCAGGACUCUGAAAACACAGCUUAGUUUAAUGAAUUACAUUGUCAACUUUUCCCAACAUUUAAAAAAUAGCACAGAGCCACUAUAUCUCAUGUGCUCUUCCUCAAACCAUUAUUUCAAGCCAAGGAAACUCUAGAGAAGAAAAAUGAAGAAGUUAUAUUGAGAAAAAAAAAAUGUGUCUAGGCACCUGAAAGUGAUAUGAGAAAUACCAAUGUUUAAAAGUUGACAACAUCAUCUGUUGAAGCAAAUCUAUUAAGCGUUAUUUUAACUGGGUUGUUGUUAAUACCAUUCAUAUAGAAAUAGUCUUCUCAACUACAAUUCUAUUGUAUUUUGCUUUUUUAAAAAAUCUGGCAACGUUUAUUAUAAGAAAGAAGGAAAAUAAUCCUCCU